GAUGUGGACACAAAGCUGGAUGAUAGCGGCUUACAGUUGAGCUUCAAGUAGUUCAGUGUACACAUGAGAGAUAUCUUGGGUAAUAGCCGGACACUCAACACCGGAUUGCAUGUCACCCUGAUAAAGCUGCCAGCAUCUGUGGGUACUUUAGUGCGGAGCAUUGUGCGCAAACCUCCUUACGUGCAAUGGAGAAAGGCGAACGAAAAAGAGACCCAGCGAGGCUCUUGUCUCGUACAAGCAGUAGAGAGCGGAGAAAUAUGAACUGAUGUAGACGAAGGACACCACAGCUAGAGGCGAUAAUGAGUAAGCUUACCCCGAGACGUUCCGGC